AUGCAUUCUCGAAUGUCAGACGGUGUCGCGCAGGUGGAGCACUACCAUGGCCGCCAGUUCCGAACUUACAACAUCUUGAUGCUCGUCAUUAUGGCUGUUGGAUCAUUUGGAUUCGGCUAUACCAAUGCCUGCAUGUCCACUGUCCUGGUGCAGCCUUCGUUCAUUCAAACAUUCAAUCUUGAUACCCGAAGCAACGCCAACGAUCUCAUCGGCAUGACAAACUCGCUAUACUUUGCCGGUGGGUUCUUUGGGUCUCUGAGCUCAUGCUUCUGCUCCGAUAAAUGGGGUCGAAGAUGGGGCAUUGCAGUCCCAUGCCUCAUCUCCACAGCUGCCGCUGCUCUCCUCGCCGGGAGUGUGGACAUUUCCAUGUUCAUCGUUUUCCGGUUCGUGCAGGGCGUGGCAGCGUUUACACUACUUGCGGCCAUUCCCGUGUGGAUGAGCGAGGUUGCUCCUCCAAGCAUUCGAGGUGCACUGGUCAACAUUCAUAAUUUUGCUUUGUUGAUUGGGUACUCAGUCAGUGGAUUCGUUGGGUAUGGAUUUUUUCACAUCCACAACAGCAGGAAUAUUCAGUGGAGAGGAAUAUUUGCGCUGCUCUGCAUACCGAAUGUGCUCCUGCUCGCUGUCAUGUACUGGAUUCCAGAGAGCCCCAGAUGGCUUCUGCUGCAUGAACGAGUUGAAGAAGCCGAGAAAACACUGCACAGACUUCAUUCGGCCGAAGAAGCACGAAUUGAGCUCAUUCAGAUUCAAUGUCAACUCCAAAUCGACAGACAUCUCCAGAGCACGUACUUAUCAAUGUUCACAAAGCCCUCGUACCGCAAACGCACCAUCAUGGCCUUCUGCCUGACGUGUGCGAUACAAAUCUGCGGACCACUCGUCAUUGCGGCAUACAGUCCUACCAUAUAUGGGCUACUGGGCUUCGACGCGAACAAGCAGAUCCUAUACACCGCAGGGUUCUUCACAGUAUCCAUCGGCGGUAGUCUCAUGUCCCUCUUCAUCGUCCAGGUCGCACCGCGCCCUCUCAACUUCGCCGUUGGCAUCAUCUUAUCCCUGGCUUGUUUGAGCGUCGAGGCGGCAUUGGUCGCCAAUUAUGCAACCACUCCAGAGUCACUCGCACAUCCGAAUCACGCGGCCCUGAAGGCAGCUGCUGCGAUGUUUUUCGUCUUUAUUGUGUUCCUGGAGGCCACUCUGGGUGGGACACAAUACGUGUAUAUCGGAGAACUAUUUCCAACUCACAUCCGAAGCAAAGGCAUGGCUAUCGGUACAUCGGGAUUGAGUUUCAUGAACACAAUUUGGCUGCAAGCUGCUCCCACGGCCUUCCGGACCAUUGGAUGGAAAUUCUACCUCUGCUUCAUAUGUCCUGGGACGGUCGCGGCAAUUUUGAUCUUACUCCUCUAUCCCGACACUAGAGGUCUUCCUUUGGAGAGCGUGGCCGCCUUAUUUGGCGACGAAGUCGGAGACAACAUCGUUCAGGCCCAUGAGAUAAAGAUCAAUACUGAUGACCUUUCUCAGAGCGAUCAAAAGGGGGUGAUUGGAGAGAAGGAACAGCCGAGAGCAGCUGUAUCACUUGAGCAUAUCGAGAAGACUGCAUAA